AGAAGUGACUUAUGGGAUGCGAAGUAGCCGGGCGGCUGAAAGAGACACGAAGGGGGGGAAGAGUGGGUGACAUUCAGAGGAAACAGCUGAAGGAAGAGCGGGAAAUAAGAGGAGAGGAACAAAUUCGCCGCUUAUACGAUUCAUUCGAGGCUCAAUGUCCAGGUUUGCGCACACAGCCGGUGGAUUCUGAGCGGAAGCAAAAGUUCAGAUCCCACGGACCAGCGCGUGGGAGAAGGGAGCAGGAUCGAGCUCCACUGUCAUGGCAGGACCUGGAGGUGACAUGCAGUGGUGCUUCUCGCAGGUGAAGGGAGCCAUUGACGAUGACGUAGCUGAAGCGGACAUUAUAUCAACGGUUGAGUUUAACCACACAGGAGAGCUGCUCGCCACUGGAGACAAGGGUGGGCGUGUCGUCAUCUUCCAGCAGGAAAUAGAAAACAAGAGUCUGCCCCAGUUCAGAAGCGAAUACAACGUUUACAGCACCUUCCAGAGCCACGAACCCGAGUUUGACUACUUAAAGAGUUUAGAAAUAGAGGAGAAAAUCAACAAGAUCCGCUGGCUUCCUCAAAAGAACGCUGCUCAGUUCCUCUUGUCCACGAAUGAUAAAACAAUUAAAUUGUGGAAAAUAAGCGAACGGGACAAGCGACCAGAUGGCUACAAUCUCAAAGAGGAGGAUGGCCGAUACAGAGAUCCUAACACUAUCACGGCACUGCGGGUACCCGUUUUAAUACCUAUGGACCUGAUGGUGGAAGCCAGUCCUCGGAGGGUCUUCGCCAACGCUCACACCUACCACAUCAACUCCGUCUCGGUCAACAGCGACAACGAGACCUACCUGUCUGCAGACGAUCUCCGCAUCAACCUCUGGAACCUGGAGAUCACCGACCGCAGCUUCAACAUUGUGGACAUUAAACCAACCAACAUGGAGGAGCUGACUGAGGUGAUCACAGCAGCAGAGUUUCAUCCUCACCAGUGCAACACCUUCGUCUACAGCAGCAGUAAAGGAACCAUUCGUCUGUGUGACAUGAGAAUUUCAGCGCUUUGUGACAAGCACUCAAAGUUGUUUGAAGAGCCUGAAAACCCCAGCAACCGCUCCUUCUUCUCAGAGAUCAUAUCCUCCAUAUCGGAUGUCAAGUUUAGCCACAACGGACGUUACAUGAUGACUAGAGACUACUUAUCCGUAAAGAUAUGGGACUUGAACAUGGAAAACAGGCCAGUGGAGACGUACCAGGUUCAUGAGUACCUCAGGAGCAAGCUGUGCUCGCUCUACGAGAAUGACUGCAUCUUUGACAAGUUUGAGUGCUGCUGGAAUGGAGAUGACAGCGUGGUGAUGACUGGUUCCUAUAACAACUUUUUCCGGAUGUUCGACCGCGGCCAUCGACGGGACACGACGCUGGAGGCGUCCCGGGAAAACGGCAAGCCCCUGCAGGUCCUCAGGCCUCGUAAGGUGUGCACCGGCGGCAAGCGCAAGAAGGACGAAAUCAGCGUGGACAGUUUGGACUUCAACAAGAAAAUCUUACACACUGCCUGGCAUCCACAGGACAACAUCAUCGCCGUGGCAACUACGAACAACCUCUACAUAUUCCAGGACAAAGUGAACUAACAGGAUGGGACCGACAUGAGAGCUUGGUUUUAAUAACCUGCGGGUUGAUUUAAGAGGAUACGUGGUAUUGCUGACUAUUCACUUUGCUCUAGAUCUGGACGGGUGACUGUCUCCCAUCAUCCGCCUGUCUGCUGCAGAAACGUCUGCCUUGUUGUUAGUCAUGUGCCAACGUUUUUUUUCCUUUCGUCCUGUCUCUGCCUGCUGACCAACCCUCUACUUUUCAGAAGGGGGUAACUGUAACUUUAAAACUUU